AUGACUUUGCUGCCCAGUUUUCUUCUAUUAAAUUUUCUAUGCAUCUGUUUUGCCGCUGAUCCUUUGGGGGAUUAUUGUAACAAAGGCACUAGCGUAAGCGGCAGUAGCCAGGCAUCAGCUAAUAUUGAUAAGUUGUUGGAUGAACUGGUUUCCAAAACUUCCGUAACUGGUUACAUUGCUACUUCCUAUGGUGAAGACCCACAAAAAGUCUAUGGCCUAGCACAAUGCAGAGGAGAUAUCAGCAGCAAAGAUUGUUCAACUUGUAUCCAAGAUGCAGCGAAGCAAAUUCGCGAACGUUGUCCAGAUGAAGCUGAUGCUAGGAUUUGGUAUGACUAUUGCUUUCUACGAUAUAACGAAGAGAGUUUUAUUGGGAAAGUUGACACUGGUUAUGGUAUAUUCUACUAUAAUGUUGAAAAUGUAACAGAUCCUGAAAGUUUUAACAGAGAACUAGGAGCUUUAAUGGACAAGAUAAGAUCACAAGCUGUUUUGCCUAAGAAUGAAGGGCUUGGGAAAGGCAAAACUACACUGUCAUCAUUUCUGACUCUUUAUGCUUUGGUGCAGUGCACAAGAGACCUAGCUCCUAUUAAUUGUGCUCAGUGCCUGGCCAUUGCUAUUGGAAAUUUUCCUAAGUUUUGCGACAGCAGGAAGGGAUGUCGAGUUCUAUAUAGUAGUUGUUACGUUCGCUAUGAACUCUAUCCAUUUUUCUUCCCUCUUGAUUCAAACAAUACCCACCCUGAUGCUUCAAUCAAGACAAUAGUUUAUCCAUAG